AUGGCUGCAAAUAACAAUGCACACAAAGGAAGAAGAAUCACCAUAAUUAGCGUAUCUACUUUGUUAUUGGUGGUUAUGGUUGUUGCAGUCACGGUUGGCACCAAUAGUAAUCAUAAUGAUCAUGAAGAUAAUAUAGAACACAGUAGAAAGAAUCAUGUUGCUUCUACAAUAAAAGCAGUACAAAACAUUUGUAAACCCACAGAUUUCAAAAAAGAAUGUGUGGAAUCUCUAUAUGCAGAGGCAGAAGCCAGAAAUGUUACAGACCCAAAAGAACUCAUAAAAAUUGCAUUCAAUGUUACCAUCAAUAAAAUUGGUGAAAAACUCAAGGAAACUGAUCUGAUGCAGGAGGUUGAGAAGGACCCUAGAUCCAAGGAUGCAUUUGAUACUUGCAAGAAACUUAUGGAUCUCUCAAUUGGUGAACUCACAAGGUCACUUGAUGGAAUAGGUAAGUUUGAUCUUCAAGAUAUUGACCAGAUUCUCAUGAAUUUGAAGGUUUGGCUCAGUGGUGCUGUUACAUACAUAGAUACAUGCUUAGAUGGAUUUGAAAACACUACUACCGAUGGUGGUAAAAAGAUGAAAGAGUUAUUAACCUCAAGCAUGCAUAUGAGUAGCAAUUCUCUUGCAAUCAUUUCGGAUUUUGCAGACACUUUAUCUCAUUGGAACACAACGAAAAUUGUAGGACGUCGUCUUCUUCAUGAUUCUAAGAGUACUCCUUCUUGGGUUGAACAUCACAAACUUGUUAAUGCAAAUACAAACACAUUAAAACAAAUACCUAAUGUUACCGUAGCUUUAGAUGGUAGCGGUGAUUUUAAGAGCAUUAAUGAGGCGUUGUUGAAGGUUCCUAUGAAAAGCAAAAAAGCAUUUGUAAUUUAUAUCAAGGAGGGUGUUUAUAGAGAGUAUAUUGAAGUUACCAAGCAUAUGACUCAUGUUGUAUUUGUUGGUGAUGGUGGUCAGAAGACAAGAAUUACUGGAAGCAAAAACUUUAUUGAUGGAAUUAACACAUACAACACUGCCACUGUUGCCAUUCAAGGAGAUCACUUUACUGCUAUUAAUAUGGGUUUUGAGAACUCAGCUGGUCCACACAAACAUCAAGCAGUGGCACUAAGAGUUCAGGGAGAUAAAAGCAUCUUAUUCAAUUGCUCAAUGGAUGGAUAUCAAGAUACACUUUAUGUACACGCAAUGCGUCAAUUCUAUCGUGAUUGCACCAUUUCAGGUACCAUUGACUUUGUAUUUGGUAAUGCAUUAUCUGUAUUCCAAAACUGCAAAUUUGUGGUCAGAAAGCCUAUGUCAAACCAAAAAUGCAUUGUGACUGCACAAGGAAGGAAAGAAAGAUUCCACCCAUCAGCCAUAGUCAUUCAAGGAGGCUCCAUUGUUUCUGAUCCUGCGUUCUACCCAUUCAGGUUUGACAACACGGCUUACCUAGCUCGUCCGUGGAAGAAUUUUUCUAGAACCAUCUUCAUGGAUGCCUUCAUUGAUGAUUUGAUUCACCCUGAUGGUUAUUUGCCAUGGCAAACGCCUGAAGGUUUUUCUGGCAUGGACACUUGCUUUUAUGCUGAAUACCAUAACUAUGGCCCUGGUUCAAACAAAUCAAAUCGCGUGCGUUGGGCUGGAAUAAGGAACCUCAAUUCAAAGACUGCACAUUUGUUUGCACCAUCCAAAUUCUUCCAUGGUGGUGAUUGGAUUCAGGCAACUGGAAUUCCUUACUUUUCCAGUAUUCCUCAACAUCAUAAGCACAAGAAGACAUUCAUUAAAUGGUGA